AGAAAAGAACAAGAAGAGAUACUCAUCCCUCUCACAGUCGAGUAAUCUCUCCUGACGUGACCUUCUCCGUUCCGUCUGCUUGUUUCUCUGCGUUCUACCAAACACAAUGGCCGACAACGCCCCACCAGCCACCUCUUCGUCCCUCCCUCCUCCUCCACAGGCACCUGCAGGCGCUCCCGGCCAGCAGCAGUUGGACAAGGCUCAGGGGAACGGCCAGGGAAACCCUUCACACAUGCCACCUCCGCCGCUGCCGCCCGUCGUCAUCCCCCAAAACACCAACCCAAUCCCUACUGCCAUCACCUCUCCCAUGUCUGGCAACAUGAUGUCACCGACCAGCGCUGGUGGCUACGUGCGUCGAGCCGCUCCCGAGCCAAACAAGCGUGCCUUGUAUGUUGGUGGUCUCGACCCACGUGUGACCGAGGAUAUCCUGCGACAGAUUUUUGAAACAACUGGCCACGUCCAGAGUGUGAAGAUUAUCCCCGACAAGAAUUUCCAGAGCAAGGGAUUGAACUACGGCUUUGUUGAGUACGACGAUCCAGGUGCCGCAGAACGCGCAAUGCAGACUCUCAACGGCCGUCGCGUCCACCAGUCGGAAAUCCGUGUCAACUGGGCUUAUCAGUCGAACAACGCGAACAAGGAGGACACCUCCAACCACUUCCACAUAUUUGUUGGCGAUCUGAGUAAUGAAGUGAACGACGAAGUUCUGCUUCAGGCCUUCUCUGCCUUUGGCUCUGUCUCCGAGGCCCGUGUUAUGUGGGAUAUGAAGACCGGUCGCUCCCGUGGUUACGGUUUCGUCGCUUUCCGCGAACGUGCUGAUGCUGAAAAGGCCUUGAGCUCCAUGGAUGGUGAAUGGUUGGGUUCUCGUGCGAUUCGCUGCAACUGGGCCAACCAGAAGGGUCAGCCUUCGAUUUCUCAGCAGCAGGCCAUGGCCGCAAUGGGCAUGACGCCGACCACUCCUUUCGGCCAUCAUCAUUUCCCCACACACGGUGUCCAGAGCUAUGACAUGGUCGUCCAGCAAACCCCUCAGUGGCAGACUACGUGCUACGUCGGAAAUCUGACCCCUUACACCACUCAGAACGACCUUGUUCCGUUGUUCCAGAACUUUGGCUACGUCGUCGAAACUCGAUUCCAGGCCGAUCGGGGAUUUGCAUUUGUCAAGAUGGAUACUCAUGAGAAUGCUGCCAUGGCCAUCUGCCAGCUCAACGGCUACAACGUCAAUGGGCGACCGCUGAAGUGCAGUUGGGGUAAAGACCGCCCUCCAACUGGCCAAUUUGACUAUUCUCCUCAGCAAGGUGCUAACCCAGCCUUUAAUUCCGGUCCUAAUCCUGCCGGCCGUGGCUGGGAUCAGUCUGGCGCCAACUUUGGCCCUGGAAUGCCCGGCCAGGGCUAUGGUCAAGUUCCCGGAGGUGCUGCUGGGUACGGCCGUGGCCAGAACAAUCCCGGAUCGGGAUGGGCACAGCCCAAUGCUGGCAACUUCGGCAACGGCUUUGGAGGCUAUCAAGCUUAAUCACGCUCGAAAUCUCGCACCUAACGAUAACCACUAGUAAUGCCAUCUUCAAUCACUCCCUGUCCUGGGUUGUCAUCUAUAAUCCGUUUUAUCAUGAAGAACCCGUGUUACUGGUAUUUUCCUCCUUUUUCUUUUUGCCCCUUUCUUUGCUUUUUGGUUCCUACUAUUAUUCAACGAGUGUGUCUUUGAAAUUUUUCUUUUGAUGGUUCGUCAUCGAGAUUUCCCCAAGUAUUUUUUCCAAAUUGCUCGAUCCAAGUGGGCUCUUGCGAGAGUUUUCAUUCUGCUUUCGAUGUUCCGUUUAGUAUUGGCCGUUUUCGAAUGAAAUUCUCUUCCUGUCUAAUUAAACGAACAAUACCCCUUGGAUUUAUUCGAUGUCAUCAUUCAAGAUUGUUCUCGAAAUCUCCUUAUUAUGACUUGCAGUUUCUAAGAUGCUAUGCGUUUUUCUCACUGGGAAUUUGGUGCUAUAAUUUCUUCCUCUCUGGCUCUUUUGUUAUUUCCCCAUGAGCGCCUUAGGAUUGAUUGAAAAGCGAAAAGUAUCUUAUGAUUUCCGAGUGAUGAUGAAAUCCUUUUUCUACUGAAUGUGACUCUCUCGACUUUGAAUAUCCGUUAUUGUUGGAGUUGUGCUUUCCAAUUUUUCUCCUAGCUGAUUGGCUGUGUAGCGUAUGGUCCUACCUUUUUUUUUUUUUUUAAUUUUUUUUUUUUUUCUCCUGAUCAGUUCCUUCAUCUGUACGAAGUAUGCCUCUGGCUCAGUCCGCGAUAUUCCGCCACAGGCUUUGCAAAAAUUGCUGCUUUUUCACUUUUGAAGGUGCAAGAUGUGAUAUACCUUUUCUUUUUCUCUGGUCUGUUCGCAAGCAUCCAUUGAUUC